AACAUGGAGCUGCCGCAGAUGCCGGAGCUGAUGGGCCUGUCGCUGUUUCUCGGGUUGCUGGCCCUGGUGGCGACGGCGGCGGUAGCGCGGGGUUGGCUGCGCGCGGAGGAGGAGACGUGCAGCCGGUCCGCCGGCCAAAAAGCAAAUGGAUUGCCACUUGACAAGUCCUUGAGAUCCAAGAAGCAGAAACAGCAUCAACGAAUUCGCAAGGAGAAGCCUCAACAGCACAACUUCACUCACCGCCUCCUGGCUGGGGCACUGAAGAGCCACAGUGGGAACAUAUCUUGCAUGGACUUUAGCAGCAAUGGCAAGUACCUGGCCACCUGUGCAGAUGAUCGCACCGUCCGCAUCUGGAGUACCAAGGACUUCCUGCAGCGGGAACAUCGCAGCAUGAGAGCCAAUGUGGAGCUGGACCAUGCCACCCUGGUGCGCUUCAGCCCUGACUGCAGAGCCUUCAUCAUCUGGCUGGCCAAUGGAGACACCCUUCGUGUCUUCAAGAUGACCAAGCGAGAGGAUGGGGGCUAUACCUUCACAGCCAACCCAGAGGACUUUCCUAAAAAGCACAAGGCACCCAUCAUCAACAUUGGCAUUGCGGACACAGGGAAGUUCAUCAUGACUGCUUCCGGUGACACGACUAUCCUCAUCUGGAAUCUGAAAGGUCGUGUGCUGUCUACCAUCAACACCAACCAGAUGAACAAUACCCAUGCUGCUAUCUCCCCCUGUAGCAGGUUUGUGGCCUCGUGUGGCUUCACCCCAGAUGUAAAAGUUUGGGAAAUCUGCUUUGGGAAAAAAAGCGACUUCCAGGAGGUUGUGCGAGCCUUUGAACUGAAGGGGCACUCUGCAGCCGUCCACUUCUUCGCUUUCUCCAAUGACUCCCGCAGGAUGGCCUCGGUCUCCAAGGACGGUACGUGGAAACUGUGGGACACAGAUGUGGAAUACAAGAAGCAGCAGGAUCCCUACUUGCUGAGGACAGGCUGCUUUGGAGAGGCGAGCACCAUGCCAUGCCGCCUGGCACUCUCCCCUGACGCCCAGGUCUUGGCCUUGGCCAGUGGCAGCAGUAUUCAUCUCUACAACACCCGGCGGGGUGAGAAGGAAGAGUGCUUUGAGCAGGUCCAUGGGGAGUGUAUCGCUGACUUGUCCUUUGACAUCACCGGCCGGCUUCUGGCCUCCUGUGGGGACCGCGCAGUGCGGCUUUUCCACAACACCCCUGGCCACCGGGCAGUGGUGGAGGAAAUGCAGGGCCUCCUGAAGCGGGCCUCCAACGAGAGCACCCGGCAGAGGCUGCAGCAGCAGCUGACCCAGGCCCAGGAGGCGCUGAGAGGCCUGGGUGCCUUGAAGAAAUGACUCUGGGAGGGUCUGGCAGGAAGGGUCUGGCAUGCUGCCGCCAGCACGGCUGCCACUUUUCUUCCCAGCUACUCCCCAGCUGGAAACCUUUUGAAAGGCGUAUUCUGAUUUUCUCGGUGGUGGCUCCUCUCUCCCUUUUCCCCAUUGAAACUAUUCUUGCUUACUUUGAUCUCUCUCUCUCUUCUUGCCUGUUGUGACUCCUGGCCUUACUUGACCUCCCAGUCUAAUAACCAAGGUGCUUCUCUUUCUCCUGGGCCCAAGGGAUGGAAUCUGUCUUCACCAGGCACGGAGGGAAAGAGUAAAUUGAAGAGAGAGAGGACAUGGCCUUGACCUUGUGGCAACACACCCUCGUACCCAAAGGAGUUUGUAAUUGUGGAGGCAAAACCUAGGGGACACCUGAGUACUAACCAGCAGUGUUGGCAGGGUUGGGAGCCUGGGAUACCAUUCAGUGACAGAACUGUCGUGUGGUGUCAGGGAAGGGCUAGUCUUAAUCCAGGCGAAGCUCCUAACUCUAUCGAAAAGGAAUUAAGGGAUUCCAUUCUGUGCCUCAGUUUUUUGGUUUUUUUUUUUAAGAUUUUUUUAAUUUAUUUGAGACAGAGAGAAUGAGAGAGAGAGAGCACACGAGAGGGGGGAGGGUCAGAGGCAGAAGCAGGCUCCCUGCUGAGCAGGGAGCCCGAUGCGGGACUCGAUCCAGGGACUCCAGGAUCAUGACCUGAGCCGAAGGCAGUCGCUUAACCAACUGAGCCACCCAGGCGCCCCUGUGCCUCAGUUUUUUUAAUUUGAAAAUAGAGAAUGAUUUUUUUCUUGACCUGCUUAUUAGAAAGGUAUUGUGAAGGUAUGCACGUAUAAAGUCCCUAGAUUUGGAAGAAAAGUGGAAAAGAGUAGUAAUAUAUGUUGUCUGUCGGCCAAUCUCACUAACUACCGGGUAAAAGUGGGACUCGGUGUAGUUUCAAACUAAAUUAAAGGGGAAGAAAUACAUCUCUUGGGAAGGCGAAGUUUCUGGAACUUGAUCAUACAUGUUGUAUCUGGUUCUGCUUUAAGUUGGGUAGAGGAAUCAUAGGAAUCCAAGAUUGGACUCCUGUCUUCAAGGUGAUAUCCUCUUUAAGGGGAUCUCUUUUCAGUUUGUCAGGUAUUUCGGUGCCUGCUCUGUGCUCAGCACUGCACGAGGCACUGGAGAUAAAUACGAACAAGACAUGAUCGCUGCCAUCAGAGAUGGCUGGUGGGAGAGAGGGACAUGUGGCUGUUAAGUGCUUUUUGCUAGUUAAUUCAUAGCUAUAGACGCUGCUGUAAAAGUCAAGGCAAGAGAGAGGAUUGAAUCAGGAUGUAGGCGAUGGAUUUGAAAUUGAAGGGAUAGAGUUGGUAAGAGAUGAGGCAUUUCAAAGUUCAAACGUUUUGGAUUUGAGACUGCUUGAAUGUGGGAGAAGGAAAAUGAGGAUCCAGGGAGACUUGAAUCUUGGCAAAAUGUAUUCCUCUGAAAUCACAUUCUUGCUGUCUCUCUCCCUAAAAUCAGGGCCACCCCUAGACAUCCCCAACUCAUAAAUGUUUGAACAAGGCACAACCUUGAAGUUACCCCUAAUGACUCCCUUUUUCAUUAAUCCCUCCGGUAUGCUCCCACUCCUACCAUCCACUCCAUCAGAAAAUUCUUUUGGUUAGACUCAGGAUAUACCUGAAUCUGCUUCUCUCCAUCUUUUCUGUUACCAUCCUGGUCCGAGCCACUGUCACCUACUGGACUGUGAUAAGGUAGCUUCCUCACUGAUCCCCCUGCUUCCUCUCUCGCCUCGUUAAGUCGCUCUCUACGUAGCAGAGUGAUUUUUGAAAAUGUAAACCAGAUCACAUUGUUCCCAAGCAAAAACCUUCCAGAGGCUUCCCAUUGCACUUGGAAUAAAAUCCAAAAUUCUCAUCAUGGCCUACAAGGUCCUGUGUAAUCUGGCUUCCUUCCUCUGUGAUCUCGUGACCGCUCUCCUAGCCACCCCAACCUUGCUGUUACGGAUUUGACCAAGCCAAGUUCUGUCCUGCCUCAGGCGGAAGCUGUGCUUGUGCGUUUCCCUCUGCUUGGAAGCCUUUUUCUUUUCUGUUGGCAGACUUGUCGUGCUUGUCAUUAUUCAGGUCUCCCUUUCAAUUACACUUCAGAGAGAGCCUCCCUGACCACCCAGUCUGAAGUAGCCUUUUCCACCAAUCAUACCACACCUGUCACAUUAGCUUACUUUAUUUAUUUUGUAGUGACCUAAUGCUAUCUGAAAUCAUCUUGUUUGGAUAUAUGUUUGCUCCAGGGGUUUCGGCUGAAAUGCUUAUGGAUGUCAAGGGGAAAAUGCAAAUGCAUGCGUGGGGCCACAAUGGCCUGGGUGUAAGAUGGUGGAAAAUGGGGGGAAACUGAAGUGAUCUCUAGAGGGCAGGUGUCCGGGGUGAGGGGUAGGGGUGGCUGCGACUUAUUAUUUAGGAAUCCAGCAGAAGUUGCUUGUUUGAGAGAAGCUAGAAGUUGGCGAUUUAUUAUAAAAACAAAAAUUAAACACUGUGGACCAAACAGAACACUAACGUGGGCCAGAUGCCGCCCACCAAUCUCUCACUGGCAGCUUCUGGAUUGUUCAUUAAGCUACAGAAAUGUGAGCUCCACAGGGGCAGAAUCUUUGUCUUAUUUGCUCUGUAUCCCCAAGCACAAUACCAGGGACAGAGUAAGCACUCAAUAAAUAUUGAAGUCAAAUCGGGGGGGCAGUUAGCAGACAUUUGAUACCCUCUGUGUGCAUCAUCCCACUCAAUUUCCAUUGUGGUUUUAUGCUUUUGAUAACAGACUUCUGGUUAAUAAUGCUAUGCACAUGGGUCCCGGUGAACAGUUGCUUUCAGGUUGUCAGAAAAAUGAGGCUAAAACACUGCUUUGCAUAUCUGUUUGGCUCUGGCUUUACUCUUCACUGGGUAUCCGGGAGGCAAGUGACCGUAGUAUGUUGAGUUACUGAAGUCAGACGUCUUUGGCUUCAGGUUUGGCCGGGUCACUUAACUUGAGACCUUGAGCAGAUAGAUCACUGGGCGUCUGAGUUUGUUUCCUCCUCUGUAAAAUGGGAAUAAAUCCUGUUCUGAGGGCCUUGCAGGGCCGUGAGUAUCUAAUGAGAUGAGUGAAGCCCUACAAAAAAGUCGUCACAGACUUCCUGAGGACACCGCUCCUCUCACUAAUGUUGAGGCUGCUUCGCAUGGAGAAGGUAUCUGGAUAUUAACCUAGAGCAGAGGCCGCCGCGUGUUUUUGAUUAAAACUCUGUGUGAAGGCAGCAUUAACAUUUUAGUAUUACUAUCUCAACUUCUGUGGGUUUGCAAUUUUUCAAAAUAAAAGGCCGGGAAUAUAUUUUCAA